CGGCAACAGACAACACUCAAUCACGUUCCAGGUUCAUAUAACAGUAUUGCAUCAUGCCGGCCGCAAAGGAUAAAUCCAAGGUUCACAAGCUGUCCUUGAAAGGAUCGGCGAAGCUGGUCGCAGAAUUCUUCGAAUAUUCCAUCAAUUCUAUCCUUUUCCAGCGGGGUGUCUAUCCUCCGGAAGACUUCACAACUGUUAAGAAAUAUGGUCUCAACAUGCUCGUCACCUCCGACGAUCAAGUGAAGGCCUACAUUAAGAAGAUCAUGUCGCAAUUAAACAAGUGGAUGAUGGGCGGAAAGAUUUCGAAGCUCGUUGUCGUGAUCACAGAUAAGGAGACGGGCGAGCACGUGGAGAGAUGGCAGUUCGAUGUUCAAAUCUUCGGGAAACACUCCAAGAGCCAGUCCUCAAAGACUGUUGGUGACAAGGAGAACGCCACACCAGGGGACAAGGACGCACAGCCCGCGACGGUCGAGAAGACGGAGAAGGAGAUCCAAGAGGAGAUCCAGGCGAUCUUCCGGCAGAUUACCGCGUCGGUGACCUUCCUGCCGGUGCUGAACGGCUACUGCACGUUUAAUGUCUUGGUGUACGCGGACGCGGACUCGGAGGUGCCGAUGGAAUGGGGCGACAGCGACGCGAAGGAGAUCAAGAACGCGGAGAAGGUGCAGCUGCGGAGCUUCAGCACGAACAACCACCGGGUGGAGACGCUGGUGAGCUACCGGCUUGCAGAUUGAGGUACUAGGUACCUAUUAGGGUGUUCUUUCUUAUGCAGGCGUUAAGGGGUGGGCAGUUGGGAUCUUGUUCUAAUGUUAACUCUUCUCAAUGAAUUAUGAAAG